AGGAGAAAGCUGGUCUUCAUUCAGGUCACACGGGUCUGGUCUUCUUCCUCCAAAAAUAAAACCUCAAAAUUUUGGGAAAGUUUCAAUCUUUCCUUCUCCUUCUUUGAUCUCGCAGAAGAAGAGGAGGACACGAUUAAAAGAUUGAGCUCGGAUACUCAGAUAAUGAAAGGGGCAGGUGUUAAGAAGAAACCCCAGGUGGUGAACGACGCUGGUGAGGCGGAGACGGCGGUGGAAACAGCCGGAGGAAGCGGGAAAAGAAGUGGAGACGGUGGGUUUGGCAGUGACGACGGCGGAGGUGCAGAUUCAGUUCUCCGCGAGAUGGGUGAUGAUAGGCGUACGGAGGACGAGGAAGAAGAAGACGACGAAGACGAAGAGGAUGAAGAAGACGGAGGAGGAGGGAAAGAGGAAAGGCCAAAGCUUGAUGAAGGGUUUUUCGAAAUCGAAGCUAUUCGUCGCAAGAGAGUUCGUAAAGGAAAGGUCCAGUAUCUAAUUAAAUGGCGUGGAUGGCCAGAAACUGCCAACACAUGGGAGCCUAAAGAGAAUCUCCAGUCUAUCGCUGAUGUUAUAGAUGCAUUCGAAGGAAGUUUGAAGCCAGGGAAGCCUGGAAGGAAGCCAGGAAGGAAGCGCAAACAUCAUGGAGGUUCUAAUUCUAAUACUCAGUUGAAGAAGAAGCAGCAACGUUUAAUAUCUACUACAUCACAUGAUGCUUCUGAGAGAUCAGACUCUUUCACAUCUCUUAAUAACUCCAGCCUUCCUAACAUUCGUGGUCCACUUAACGACCUCUGCGGUUCAGGAGAUGGGGAAACUGCUUAUGCAGCAGCCAACCAAGUUGAAGCUAACAGCAGGAGGAGUGUUGGGAUGGUUGGAGAGGAGAAAGAUUACGAUCCAACCCUUAGCGAGCUGAGGGGACCAGGAGGCGUUGAUAAUGUUAGACCAAAUGGGCUUCUCAAGGUUUAUCCUAAGAACAGUCAGUUCAUAGGUGCUAAGCGGAGGAAGUCUGGUUCUGUGAAAAGAUUCAAACAAGACGCAUCCACAAGUAACAACAACAACAACCACACAACAACAGCUACUAAUGAUCAGAAUGUGACGCAAGAGUUGGCUACGUUAGACUCUUUUGGUGGAGUCGCGAGGAUAGGGAACGAGUAUCCUGGUGUGUUGGAGAAUAACAAUCUCUCUCAGAAAAGCAAGGUGGAGGAGCUGGAUAUUGCGAAGAUCCUCAAACCGGUGAAGUUUUCUUCGUCUGUGACGAACAAUGUACAAGACGUGUUGGUGACCUUUUUGGCUCUGAGGUCUGAUGGGGAGGAAGUGAUGGUUGACAACAGAUUCCUCAAGGCUCACAAUCCUCUUCUGCUGAUUGAAUUCUACGAGCAACAUCUCAAGUACAAUCCCGAAAGAUAAGAAUUUGUUUGUAUACAGGACUUGUAGGUAGAGAGAGAAAGAUUUUAAGUUUUGUCUAGUGUAGAGUUGAUGUAGUGGCAAAGUUGUAUUCCCUGGGAGGUUUCAGGUUUGUAUUUGCUUUUUAGUUUGGUGGAGAUUUAUUAUGUUAAAGCUUUGCUUGUUCAAAGAUCAAAAUUCAUGACG